AUGGUGGUUGUUCGUGGAAAUAAAACUGGAACUCUUUACAUGACUUCUAGUUACAGAGAUUCAAUUGCAGUCACAAAUGCUAGUAUUACCUCAAGUUUGUGGCAUUGUAGGCUUUGGCAUAUGAGCGUGAAAGGAAUGAAGGAGCUUCAAUCAAAAGGAAAACUGCCAAAGUUAAAGUUGAUUGAUCACAGUUUGUGUGAAGGUUGCAUCCUUGGCAAACAAAGAAGAGUAAGUUUUUCUAAAGUAGCAAGGGAGCCAAAGGCAAAGAAGUUGGAGUUGGUUCAUACAGACAUGUGGGGACCCGCUUUUGUGUCAUCCCUUGGAGGCUCAAAGUAUUAUGUGAUGUUCAUUGAUGAGGAUCUCUCUAUGCAGUUUCAUUGGUAUCCAGCUUCGGCGGACGCUCGUUUGGGUAUAUGA